AAAAGUUGCGAAACUUUUAUCUAUGUUUUGUCGAAAUCAUUGUUAAAAUAAAUUGAAUACAAAUUUAUAAUUAAAUUAUUGACAAAAUGAGUGAAAAGAAAGGCGUUUUGUUCGUGUGUUUGGGAAACAUCUGUCGGUCACCGAUAGCUGAGGCCGUCUUCAGUCAUGUCCUCAAACAACGAGGUCUUGAAGAGAAGUGGUUCACAGACAGCGCCGCCACAGGCAAUUGGCACUCAGGACACAGACCCGACUCACGAGCGCUCACUGUUUUGCGAAGACAUGGCGUCCACACCGACCACAGGGCCCGACAGAUAUGCGACGAAGACUUUGACCGGUUUGAGUACAUCUUCGGAAUGGAUGGCAAUAAUAUCGAUGAUAUCAACGACGAGAAGCCCAGAGGCAGCAAAUGUGUGGUCGAGUUGUUGGGCAAAUACGACCCCCAGAAGCAGACCAUCAUUAAAGAUCCCUAUUAUGGAAGUGGCGAUAAGGGCUUUGAGACCAAUUAUGAACAGUGUUUGCGUUGCUGUAAUGCAUUUUUGGAUCAGUUUCAGUGAUGUUUUUUGCUUCUUUUGUUUGAUAUCUCUAUAUCUGAGAAAUUUUUUUUUGUGUAAUUUAAAACGAUUUUUAAGUUAUAUGUUUG